CUUGCCCACUCUUUCUAUCCACCUUUCAUUUCUUAAUCAUAUUCCAAAAAUAUAUAUCUUCACUCUAUCUUCAUAUAUACCAAUCCUCAGUUCUAAAAUACCUACUUCAUCUCUUUUUUAUUCUUAACUUAUUGGCUUUUAACUUGUGCUAAUCAACUCUUUGAAAGAUGGUUUGUAUGGUAUCUCGAUCAGGAAGGGAGUUGCAAAGAUACAACACCAUGGGUGGCAGACAAGUUGUAGGAUGCAUACCUUAUAGAUAUAAACAAGACAUAGAUGGUAAUAGAAGCAACGAGUUGGAAGUACUAAUGGUUAGUUCACAGAAAACACAAAGACUAAUGUUUCCUAAGGGAGGAUGGGAACUUGAUGAAUCUCUACAAGAAGCAGCUUCUAGGGAAUCCAUUGAAGAAGCAGGUGUCAUAGGAUUAGUUGAGUGUGAAUUGGGACAGUGGAAUUUCAUUAGCAAAAGAUAUGGAAUAUACUAUGAAGGCUAUAUGUUCCCUUUGUUUGUCAAGGAGCAACUUGAUCAUUGGCCUGAGAAAAAUCUUAGGACAAGAGUAUGGAUGAGUGUUGGUGAAGCUAGAGAAGUUUGUCAGCAUUGGUGGAUGAAGGAAGCAUUAGAUAUAUUGCUUCAAAGACUCAUUUCUUCACAGCAACAACAAAAAUAGAUGUAGCAUUGAUGAUUUUUUUAGUUUUUGAUAACCAAUAUGAAGUUUAAAUUUCAAUCUAAAAUUAGGAAAUGUCAAUAUUUUUAUUUUUUAAGUUGAAGAGAGGAUUAACUAGGGAGAGAAACAAAACUGUAGAGAAAGAGUAUUGUCGUUAUUUUAUUCAUUCAUUCAUCAAUCUUAUAUAGGAACCAUGAGUAGACAUUCAAGUUAAUUUGUAGUUUUAUACAAUUUAAUUAGCAAUAAGAUAUUGAUUAUCAAUUAAUUAAUAUGAAAUUCACGAGAAGCUGUUGGCACUAUAAUGUUAUCACCACAUAUAGUGGCAACAGCCAUGGGAGUGCUCGCAAUGGUGCUGCCAAUAGUAAAAUGGAUGUGAGAUUUAACAAUUUGGACUGCGUAAGUCACUCUCAUAACUAAAGGCUCCAUCAUGAGAAAAUAAUGAUGGACAAUAUCUAUACUUUACCAAGUGUUAGUUGAAUAUCUUGACACAAUAUGUAUGUUUUAACAAAGUUAAGUAAUACUAAUAAAAGUUAUAAGGGAAAGAGAUAAUUACUUUUUAUCUGGAAUAUUUUCAUAAACGAUAAGAAAAUAGUUAAAGGUCAUGAUCACCAUACUAGUAUUUAGUUCGUUUAUUCUUUUUGAAUCUAGAUAAAAAAUAUAGUACAAAAAAAACUGCUUUUUUUUAUUAGAUGGAUUUAUUUCUUCAUUACUCAUCUCUCGGAGAUAUAAAGAGAUAUAAAAAAUAAGUGGAAGACGUAUCUUUAUAAUUUAUCUCACCAAACAGUAGCAGACUCGGCAUUAGAGAAGAGGAUCAGAAUUAUAAUGAUUAUCGUUGGAUUCAAAAAACACAAGGUAAAGGAAGCGUUGAAAAGAAUGAGUAAUAGUAAGAGGGUUGGGCUAGACAAUAUACCUAUUGAAGUGUGAAAAAUUCUUGAAGAUAGAGGUAUUGAGUGGCUCACCAAACUCUUUAAUGAAAUUAUGAGGUCAAAGCGCAUGUCGGGUGAAUGGAGAAUAAGCAAUUUAGUUCCAAACUAUAAGAAUAAGGGGGAUAUACAAAAUUAUUCA